AGGCUAUCCGGGGUAAGUGGCGCAUUGAUCCGCGUACUAUUUUUUUUGCUGUGGGGGUAAAUACGGUCACGUGACGCGAAGGCAGCCAAUCGCAGACGUCCGAGCUCGGGGAAAUAAUUACCUGCCUUGAUUGUUCUAUGGUCAGAUAAAAAAGUACACAUACACUCCAUAUAAUAAUCGGAUGCAUGUAAAAGGGUGCGGGAAGCUUCGACAUGUCGACCACGGGUCCCAUAAGUAAUUAUUAUGUGGACUCCUUGAUCAGCCAUGACACCGACGAGGUCCUCGCAGCGGCAGCAGCAGCAGCAGCAGCGGCGACUCGCUUUUCGGCGCCCGCCUCGCACCCUGCCGGCCCGCGUCCUCUAGUCCCGGACUGUGGCGACUAUCCCUCCUGCAGCUUCGCGGCCAAGCCGGCGGUGUUCCCCGCGUCCUGGGCCCCCUCGCAGUCCUCGGUGGUGUACCACCCGUACAGCCACCAGGCUCACUUGGGCACGGAGUCUCGGUACGUGCGCUCCUGGCUGGAGCCCAUCUCGGGCGCGGUGCCUUUCCAUGGCUACCCGGGCAACGGCAGGCACUACGGCUUGAAGCCCGACGCUUUCCCGGAGCACCGGGCCGGCGAAUGCCUCGGUAGCACCGGGCGGACCUACACGGAUUACUUGUACUGCUCAUCCUCGGAUAUGCGGGACAAGACGCUCCAGAGCCUCCCUUCGCCCGAACCGGAGGUGCUGGCUGCUGGGAAGCAUAAAGAGGAGAAGCCGGAGCUCGACCCCAAUAACCCAGUGGCUAAUUGGAUCCACGCACGCUCCACCAGGAAGAAACGGUGUCCUUACACAAAAUACCAGACUCUCGAACUGGAAAAGGAGUUCUUGUUCAAUAUGUACCUUACCAGGGACCGCCGCUAUGAGGUGGCCCGGGUCCUCAAUCUGACCGAAAGGCAGGUCAAAAUUUGGUUCCAAAACCGGCGAAUGAAGAUGAAGAAAAUGAACAAGGAGAAGAGCGACAGCAAGGAACAAUAAUAAUGAGUAUUAUUAUUAUUAUUAUUACACACGCUAUAUGGACAGCAGUUCUCUUCAUAUUUAUCAUGAUUAACCCCUCCUCGAUCCCCCAUCGUCGAGACUCUUGUUGUUUUUCUACGCACAUGAAAGAAAGCUAAUUUACAUUAAAAAAAAGACUUUUGUUUUUUUGUAAGGGAAAAUUCUAAAAAGUACAAUUAGGACGCAUUUCGCAGCGUUCCAUGAGUGGGAGAAUAUACUUGAAAUCCUCUGUAUUUUCACACACCCAUAAUUUAAGGUGC